UCUUCUCUUCUUCCUAAUUUGUUAAUUUCUAUUCUCACUGUUGAGAGAGAGCAGACAGCAGAGAGCAAUGACGUCGAUGGAGAGGAUGGAGAGAGACGCAAUGGAGACGGUGGCUCCAUACGCUCGGGUGACUUAUCACCGCCGUGUUCGUGGUGACUUGGAUGACACACUUCCUAAACCUUAUUUGCCGAGAGCACUACAAGCACCUGACAUGGAACACCCACAAGGAACACCAGAUCAUAGACAUAAUGGCCUUAGUGUUCUUCAGCAACAUGUCGCUUUCUUCGAUUUGGACAAUAAUGGCAUCAUUUAUCCCUUUGAAACCUUCUCUGGGUUCCGGUUACUCGGUUUCAAUUUACUCGCGUCGCUUAUCUUGGCUGCUGGUAUCAACAUAGCUCUUAGCUAUGCUACUCUCCCGGGAUGGUUACCGUCUCCGUUCUUCCCUAUAUAUAUUCACAACAUUCACAAGGCAAAGCACGGAAGCGACUCUAAAACAUAUGACAAUGAAGGAAGGUAUACACCAGCGAAUCUUGAGUUGAUGUUUAGCAAAUACGCGAGGACCAUACCAGACAAGUUGAGUCUUGGAGAGCUAUGGGACAUGACCGAAGGAAACCGCGAUGCCUUUGACUUUUUUGGAUGGUUAGCGAGCAAAGUGGAAUGGGGUGUAUUGUAUGCAUUAGCGAGUGAUGAAGAAGGAUUCUUGUCUAAAGAAGCCAUAAGGCGGUGCUUCGAUGGGAGCUUGUUCGAGUAUUGUGCCAAGAACUACGCUGAGAUCAAGGAGUACAAGACGUACUACUGAUCAUGAUGAUCGGUGGUUUUUUGUAUUCAAAGCAACACGCUCGUAGGCUUCUGAACUAUUACGGGAAACAAUUGAAUUGAACCAAAUAGUGGUUAUGUUAGGAAGCAAUAAGGUGUAUGUUGUGUUCGUUUAUUAUGCAUAAAAACACUUCAAUAGUGGUUUAUUCAAUAUAAUAUCCACUUGCGUUUUCUUU